AGAUCCAAGCUGCGAACAGAAAACGAACCCGAGAUCGACCGCAGAUUGAUGAAAGAUGCCGUUAGACAAUGCUGCCGGAGUAUUGGGGAUAUCCCUGCCAGUCUUCAUCGUGGACGCAUUCACGGGGAAACCGUUUUCUGGCAACCCUGCAGCCGUGUGUCUGGUCGAAGGAAAACAGGAUAUUUCAGACCAGACAAAGCAGAGCAUGGCCGUCGAGUUGAAUCAAUCGGUGACGGCGAUCGCGACCAAGAUCCGCAUCGAGGACAAGUUCGAUUCCGCUUCCAAGUUCGGACUCCGCUGGUUCACGCCCACAAACGAAAUUCCCCUCUGCGGAAAUGGCACACUCGCGGCAGGCGCCGUCCUUUUCUUUCACUACAAUAACCCGAACGAGAGGCUGGAGUUCGAGACGAAGAGCGGAGUGCUGGGAGCGAGGAAAGAGGGCAGGAGCAUCGUCUUGGAUUUUCCCGGCCGAAAGCCGGAGAGACUGGACGCCGCGAUGGAGGAAGAAGCGGAGCCUUUGGUGAGGGAAAUCCUGAAGGAGCUGGAGCCGGCGGAUCUCGCCUAUUGCCCCGUUACGAAGAAUCUU